UGUGUGUGUUUGUGUGUGUGUGUGUGUGUGUGUGUGUGUGUGUGUGUGUGUGUGUGUGUGUGUGUGUGUGUGUGUGUGUGUGAGAGUGUGUGUGCGUGUGAGAGCCUGUGUGUGGUCGCUUGCAGACUUUGAUUGACAGCAGAUAAACUGGUGUGUUCCCCCGACGCCUCUAGAAACACACACUCUAGCUCUGCACAGACUCUGAGUGUCUGAAUGAGGAAGAGGCGGCUUACUGACAGUGACCUCGAUGCGACGCUGCUUUACUGGCAGCUGGAUUUUGAAGGUAUUUAGAAGCUGCUGGACUGGAAUUAAACAUUGCUGCUUCAGUAAAGGUGCAAAGUCAUUGGUGUCAACAUCUCACUCAUGUCCUUCAUGUCAUGUGGAGCUUGUGUUAAGCAUCAGAGCCCUGAUGGAAAAAGACGUGGGUGCCAUGUCUUCAGCUGUAGAGUCUAACCUCUAUCGCCAGUUACACGCCAUCCUCAGAGAACUGGACACUGACACUCAAGCCGGAUCAUCCUGCAAUAAAGGGAUGCUGAGAUGGACUCUACAUAAGAAGGUGGAGAACAAUCCCUCUACUAGUGUCUCUCUGUUGAAGGUACUUGUUAAGGAGCUUGAAAAGGCGGACAGGUUUGACUGUAAAGUUCGCAUGAUCCCUUUGCUGCACACAUUAGCCUACACGGUUAUUCAAUCUGCUAAUGUUCCAGAAGACCUAAUUCAGAGAAUCUACGUCUGUCUGAAACAGCUAGUGACACUACCCGAGCCUUACUGCACUAUCGGCCUCAACUAUGCUAAACUCAUGAAACUGGAGCUCAACAUACCAGGAGCUUUGUUCCAAAGGCGAGUGAUUGCUGAGCACAGCCUAAAGAAUGAACACUAUCCUCUACAAGAAAGGGUGUUUGUGUUUGUGGACCCGGCCGUGUUUCCUCAGGCUCUGCUGAACGCCGUUAGGGCUGAUGUGAAGUGUGGAGCCUCGGAUUGGGACACGACGAGCCACCAGCGCCGAGUCCUGCUGCACACUCUGCAGGCUGGACUGGGGAGGCACUGCCACGGACGACAGCUUGCAGAGGCCUUGAAGGAAUGUGGUAAUAUAGAGAAAUACUUCCAUGAUGUGGUGACCACUGUAGAGGAGAGAAUAGAAGACGGAGGAUCAGACAGUGACCAAUACAGCACCCGAUUACAGCAGCUCUACCAUGAUAUCCUCUCCUCUGUAGGAAAAGAUCAGUCCAGUUCCAGCAGUCUGGUGGGAAGUCCACUCCCCAGUCCUGAGAUCAGCUUCCAUGUCUGGACAAAGGAUGAUGAGAUAUGGAACGAGUUGGUUAACUUUGCUCUGAUGGUAAACCCUGAGGAACAGAGCUCCACAUUCUUAGAUGAGGAUGAUACAGCCAAACGAGCUUCCUGUAUCUCCACCAUGUCAGUAGACAGCGGCAUAGAAGGAGACCUGCCUCUAAGCGAGCUGGCGUCUCUGAUGGUGGAGCCCCCUGCUGAGUCGGAGGUGCUGGAACAGAAGAGAAUGUCGCAGUUCUACAGGAGGGCGUGUGUACGGUGGCCUAGGGCUGGGAACAGAAUGACUCUAAUGAUGGAGGCCAUUAAGGAGAUUGGAGGAACGGCUGGAGGAGGAAGCUCCCUGCCGAAGGAGGAGAAGACCUUCACAGCUCGUAUCGUUGUCAUGGGUGAUGAUAGCACUUUGGGCAGACUGGGCAGGGCCUAUUACAAUAUACGAAAGAGGGAGGCACGCCAUCUUUUUCUGACAAAAAGGGUCAACUUGGAAAUUUACUACAUUCCAGUCUCUAGCCAGUCUGUCACAACCUCUCCUGUUCAGGAAAUUGUUCCAGGACUUGUAGAUAUGCUUACAAUAGCAGCAUGUUUGGGAAAAGCAGACCCGUGGUAUGACUGCAACAUCAGCAGUCUGGGAGGCAUGAUCCUGAAAUUUGCUGAAAUGCACUCCAGUGUUGGUGGAUCUUCAGAGCAAAAUUCCUUUCUUCAGGAUAUUAUCUCAUACUACACGCGCACAGCACAGCAGCCCAUCAGCAUCCCCAUCUUUUUAGUUAAGAUGACAUUUUCUAACGCAGACUCUAAAGCUGUGGAGGAGGUGUUUGUGUGUCAGCUGGACAUUGACUUCCCUGGAUUCAGGCCUUUCAGAGCUACCUUUAAAGAUACAAUUAAAGGAUCAGUGCGGUACAGGAAACACACUCAAGAAGUCAGUGGAGUAAACGUGUCAGUCAUUUACAGAAAGGCUUCCAUCAGCAAUCGAGAGGUGGACCGAGGAAUGUCUCUGCCGACGUGUGGCGUAUCGAUCUGUCGGACUCCCUCAUGUGGAACCAAAAAUCUUGACAGCCUAAAUGUGGAUUUUCGUGACUCAAACCCUACUAGAUCCUGCAUGUCUACAAUCAGAGUGACCAGAAUUUCUGUCAGAACCCUGGAGAACAAGAUGUUCACUGUGUGUUUGGACAAGGACUCACAGAAAACCUUCAAAAAUGUUAAAAGCAUAGAGGUGUUUCCCUGCACAGACCCGGGAUAUUGUCUUCAGAGGACCAAGUCCAGACACUCUGCAGAGGAUGAGGACUCGGGACUGAGCAGAUUUCUGAACAGGACUUUCUCUUUACCCAUCAACACCUUCUCCGGAGCUCUACAGUGACGAUAACGGACACUUCCGUCACUGAUACGAACUCUGCUGCCGAAGAAACUGACUGGUUCAAAUGAUACAGGUGCAUCUCAAAAAAAUGAGAAUAUCAUUGAAAAGUUACUUUAUUUCAGUAAUUCAGUUCAAAAUGUGAAAAUCAUAUAUUAUAUAGAUGUAUUAAACAAACAGAGUGAUCUAUUUUAAGCGUUAAUUUCUUUUAUUGUUGAUGAUUAUGUCUUACAGCCAAUGAAACCCAAAAAUCAGUGUCUCAGAAAAUAAGAAUAUUAUAUAAGAACAAUUGUUAUUUUUGGCAGUAUGGGCAGUGUGCCAAGUCCUGCUGGAAAAUGAAAUCAGAAAGCAGAUCACAUGUCUCUCCAAACCAUCACUGAUUGGUGGAAACUUCACACUAGACCUCAAGCAGUUUGGACUGUGUGUCUCUCCACUCUUCCUCCAGACUCUGCUCCCUUGAUUUACAAAUGAAAUGUAAAAUUUACUGAUGAUCAGUGAUGGUUUGGAGUCCCAGAAAGCCUUACAGCACUUCAUACUUCCCUCUGCUGACAACUUUUGUGGAAAUGCGGAUUUCAUUUUCCAGCAGGACUUUGCACACUGCCAAAAGGACCAACUGGUUUUAUAUAAUAUUCAAAUAAACGCUUAAAAUAUCUCACAAAUAAAGUAACUUUUUAAUGAUGUUCUAAUUUUUUGAGCUGCACCUGUACAGUACCAGACAAAAGUUUGGAUACACACUCAUUAACGUUUGUUCUUUAUUUGUAUUAUUUGUUACAUUGUAGAUAAAUAUUAAGGGCGUAUAAACUAUAAAGCAACACAUAUGCAGUUUGGUAGUAGACAAAAUAGAAUAGUGUUUGGGCUUCACAAAUACCUGACAGAAAGCCUAAGAAAAAGCAGUUCAAGUAUAUGAAGAGUUCAGCAUAUCUAGAACCUCCUUUAAUACAGCUGGAGAACCAUUCUAGGUUCUACCUAAUGAAGAGAAUCCUCACUAAGAGAAUUAGCUAAGAGGAGGCAAAGUAAGCAUCAAAGCUAAAGGUACUACUUUGAAGAAUCUAAAAAUAAUAUAAAACAUAUCUUGAUUUAUUUAACACAUUUUUUGUUUGCUUAAAUUAUAAAUAUGUAUAUGCAUUCCUUUAGAAAUAGUUAUAAUGUCUUUAGUAAUUAUCUACAAUUUAAAAAAUAAUAAUAAUAAAAAAAACACAUUAAAUAAGAAGGGGUGUGUCCAAACCUUUAACUAGUUCUGUACCUUUGUGAUGUGAUUGUGUGCCAUGCAUACAUUAAUUUAGUUAUUUAGUAUCUUUUUUUAAAUAUACUGUAUACGGUAGGUGUUUAAUGACAAUAGCUAUUGUAUAUUAUGAUCCCCCGUCUGUCUGUUUUUGUACACAGACGUUUAGAUUAUUUAUCAAUAGGGUAUUAUUAAAUCAGAGCUACAGCUGCUUCAGAACUAUUAAUAUAUUUAUAGUUUAUGAACACUGAUUGUACAGUCCAUAAUAUAGUCCUGCAUUAUUAUUAUAGAUUUUUUUAUUAUUAUUAUUAUUGGCAGAUUCGUUAUAAAAUUGGUUUGAUUUCCCAAACUGGUCAAAAUGGUUAAACUGGAUUAUCAGCCUCCCAUCCAACAAUUUUUGGGUAAUAGAACAUUUUCUGAACAUCAAAGUUUAAUUUUUAGAACGUUCAAUCUGUAAAGUUUUUUUAAUGAUUCCAAACGUUUGUUAAUGUUGUGAUGGAACCCAUUAUUAGAACAUUUCUGGAACAUUAUUACUGUAACUUUGAAGACAUUCUUCCUGGUUUUCAAUACUUUGAUAAAUGUUCUUAUAGCUGGUUUAACUGGUCUUCAAACAUUUUCAACCUGGACCAACUAGACAACCAGUAUAGUCAAACCUGACCAUCAAAACCAAAGCGAUCCACCAGCACAACCAGCAAAACCAGCAUGACCAACCAAGACUAACAGGAAAAAGUAGUUUUUCGCCUGGAUGAGCAGCUUUUCAACCACCUUCACCAUCAAAGACCAGCUUAGAUCAUCUGAAACCCUCUACCAACUAAAGCCUGGACUUGUGCUGGUCCUGAGACUGUGGUUUCCUUCCAGCAGGUGGAGCUCUAGCUCAUUAAUUUAAGGUUAAAUCAUGCAAUACCUUUUAAAAAUAAACCAAAUAUCAUCUUUAAAAUGAACACACCUUAACCGUGAAUCUUAUUUUACACUACUAGUUUUCUUACCUUUAUGAUCAAAUAAAUAUAGACACAGUGAAUCUUUACACACAUACUUAUAAAACUAACAAAAAAGUAAAGAAAGAAAAAAAUACAAUAAAAAAAAUUACAAAAAGACUGUUCUGGUGUUUUUUUUUUACAAGCAGAUUUUCGCAUUGAAGGAUUAUAUAU